CAGCACCGAGGGCUCGCGGGUCCUGAGGGGAGGAGGCGAGUCCGGGGCCGGGCACUGAGCUCUUUGGCGCCCCCACCCCCGUUUUCGGAGUCCUCCACGCUGCGGCCACUGUCCCCUCCGGACCAUGGCCGACGACGACGUGCUGUUCGAGGAUGUGUACGAGCUGUGCGAGGUGAUCGGCAAGGGUCCCUUCAGUGUUGUGCGACGAUGUAUCAACAGAGAAACUGGGCAACAAUUUGCUGUAAAAAUUGUCGAUGUAGCCAAGUUCACAUCAAGUCCAGGGUUAAGUACAGAAGGUAAGAGAUGGAUUUCAAAUCUAAAGCGGGAAGCCAGUAUCUGUCAUAUGCUGAAACAUCCACACAUUGUAGAGUUAUUGGAGACAUAUAGCUCAGAUGGAAUGCUUUACAUGGUUUUUGAAUUUAUGGAUGGAGCAGAUCUGUGUUUUGAAAUCGUAAAACGAGCUGAUGCUGGUUUUGUGUACAGUGAAGCUGUAGCCAGUCAUUACAUGAGACAGAUACUGGAAGCUCUUCGCUACUGUCAUGAUAAUAACAUAAUUCACAGGGAUGUGAAGCCACACUGUGUUCUCCUCGCCUCAAAGGAAAACUCGGCACCUGUUAAACUUGGGGGCUUUGGGGUGGCUAUUCAAUUAGGAGAGUCUGGACUUGUAGCUGGAGGACGCGUUGGAACACCUCAUUUUAUGGCCCCAGAAGUGGUCAAAAGAGAGCCUUAUGGAAAACCUGUAGAUGUCUGGGGUUGUGGCGUGAUCCUUUUUAUUCUGCUAAGUGGUUGUUUGCCUUUUUAUGGAACCAAGGAAAGAUUGUUUGAAGGCAUUAUUAAAGGAAAAUAUAAGAUGAAUCCAAGGCAGUGGAGCCAUAUUUCUGAAAGUGCCAAAGACCUAGUACGUCGUAUGCUGAUGCUGGAUCCCGCUGAAAGAAUCACUGUUUAUGAAGCACUGAAUCACCCAUGGCUUAAGGAGCGAGAUCGUUAUGCCUACAAGAUUCAUCUUCCAGAAACAGUAGAGCAACUGAGGAAAUUCAAUGCAAGGAGGAAACUAAAGGGUGCAGUACUAGCAGCCGUGUCAAGUCACAAAUUCAACUCAUUCUACGGGGAUCCCCCUGAAGAGUUGCCAGAUUUCUCUGAAGACCCUACCUCCUCAGGAGCAGUCUCACAGGUGCUGGACAGCCUGGAAGAAAUUCAUGCACUUACAGACUGCAGUGAGAAGGACUUAGAUUUUCUACACAGUGUUUUCCAGGAUCAGCAUCUUCACACACUACUAGAUCUUUAUGACAAAAUUAACACAAAGUCUUCACCACAAAUCAGGAAUCCUCCAAGUGAUGCAGUACAGAGAGCCAAAGAGGUAUUGGAAGAAAUUUCAUGUUACCCUGAGAAUAAUGAUGCAAAGGAACUAAAGCGUAUUUUAACACAACCUCAUUUCAUGGCCUUACUUCAGACUCACGACGUAGUGGCACAUGAAGUUUACAGUGACGAAGCAUUGAGGGUCACACCUCCUCCCACCUCUCCCUAUUUAAACGGUGAUUCUCCAGAAAGCGCUAACGGAGACAUGGAUAUGGAGAAUGUGACCAGAGUUCGACUGGUACAGUUCCAAAAGAACACAGAUGAACCAAUGGGAAUCACUCUAAAGAUGAAUGAACUAAACCACUGUAUUGUUGCAAGAAUUAUGCAUGGGGGCAUGAUUCACAGGCAAGGUACACUUCAUGUUGGUGAUGAAAUUCGAGAAAUCAAUGGCAUCAGUGUAGCUAACCAAACAGUGGAACAGCUGCAAAAAAUGCUUAGGGAAAUGCGGGGGAGCAUUACCUUCAAGAUUGUGCCAAGUUACCGCACUCAGUCUUCAUCCUGUGAGAGAGAUUCCCCCUCCACUUCCAGACAGUCCCCAGCUAAUGGUCAUAGCAGCACUAACAAUUCUGUUUCGGACUUGCCAUCAACUACCCAACCAAAAGGACGACAGAUCUAUGUAAGAGCACAAUUUGAAUAUGAUCCAGCCAAGGAUGACCUUAUCCCCUGCAAAGAAGCUGGUAUUCGAUUCAGAGUUGGUGACAUUAUCCAGAUUAUUAGUAAGGAUGAUCACAAUUGGUGGCAGGGUAAACUGGAAAACUCCAAAAAUGGAACUGCAGGUCUCAUUCCCUCUCCUGAACUUCAGGAAUGGCGAGUAGCUUGCAUUGCCAUGGAGAAGACCAAGCAGGAGCAGCAGGCCAGCUGUACCUGGUUUGGCAAGAAAAAGAAGCAGUACAAAGAUAAAUAUCUGGCAAAGCACAAUGCAGUGUUUGAUCAAUUAGAUCUUGUUACAUAUGAAGAAGUAGUAAAACUGCCAGCAUUCAAAAGGAAAACACUAGUCUUAUUAGGUGCACAUGGUGUUGGAAGAAGACACAUAAAAAACACCCUCAUUACUAAGCACCCGGACCGAUUUGCGUAUCCUAUUCCACAUACAACCAGACCUCCAAAGAAAGAUGAAGAAAAUGGAAAGAAUUAUUACUUUGUAUCCCAUGACCAAAUGAUGCAAGACAUCUCUAAUAAUGAGUACUUGGAGUACGGCAGCCAUGAAGAUGCGAUGUAUGGGACAAAACUGGAGACCAUCCGGAAGAUCCACGAGCAGGGGCUGAUUGCAAUACUGGAUGUGGAGCCUCAGGCACUGAAGGUCCUGCGAACUGCAGAGUUUGCUCCUUUUGUCGUUUUUAUUGCCGCACCUACUAUUACUCCAGGUUUAAAUGAGGAUGAAUCUCUUCAGCGUCUGCAGAAGGAGUCUGAUAUCUUACAGAGAACAUAUGCACACUACUUUGAUCUCACAAUUAUCAACAAUGAAAUUGACGAAACAAUCAGACAUCUGGAGGAAGCCAUUGAGCUCGUGUGCACAGCCCCACAGUGGGUCCCCGUCUCCUGGGUCUAUUAGGCCUUUCCCCAGAUAUCUGAUGCAUAACUGGGAACCACCUCAUACAUGGAAAAGCCUCUUUGUUAUCGGCCUUGUGUCAGCAGGUCGUGGUCCCUAGAGACUACCUAGUUGUAGUGUGACCUACAUUUAUAAUUAUUGUCAUGUCCGAAUAGAUAGGAGGAGAAAAUCAAUCACACACUAAUUUAAAGAGACAGUAUCUUUUUUAAUCAGUUCUCCUAAACUUUAAUAAAAUGUAUCUUUAAAUGUAUGUAUUAUUCAAUCCUUUGGAAUGUUAUAUUUUUGGAAAUCAUAGCUUUUUAUUUCCAAGGCCCCUAAAAACUGCACAAAAUAGAUGCUGCUUUCUAUAAUCUAUUUUAAUAAUAAUAAAAAAAUGACUCUGUUACCUUGAUUGGGGGUGGAACACUACAUUCUUUUUAGAGUCUGAUUUUAUGGAUUGGAGUAUCAUUCUUUCCUUUAUUUAUUUGAAAUAAUUAGUCUAGUGAUUACAAAACAGUCAUAAAUUUUUAAAGGCCUUUUUUCUCUCUUUUUUUCUUUUUAGAGUAGUAUUUUUUUUUAAGUCCUUUUAUGUAACAUCCAGAUAAUGUGAUACUGUCUCUUUGAAGCACCCUGUAAACCUUUUAGAGAUUUGAAGUUGGGUCUUGACUCUUAAUGCAUGUGGACAGUCGCGAGCGUUUAUGCUGUCGGUGUGUCUGUGUUGGACAAAAACAAUCUGUAAUCUAUACAGCAAAGUACAUUCCGUUCAUGGGGCACACCCAGGGGAAUAAGAAUAAAAUGCUAUUAUGACUAAGUUGUAAACCUAUGCACAUCCCUUGCAUUUCGGGCAACUUUAUAAAAAAAAAAAAAAAGAAACUGAUUUUUAUUAAUAAUAAUCAUGUAGUGAAAUGUGUUUGUAAUUUUGUCUCAAUUUAAUUUGUUGUAAGGUGGGAGGGGGACUUGCUGGUUUCACCAUUUCAGAUCUGUGUUGUCUGAGAGUAUUAAGGUUUUAAUUAAGCAAAGCAAUGAGGAUUUUAAUAUGUAUGUAAUUGUUUUAAAGCACCCAUUUUAAGAGAAAAUACUGUGCAAUGAAGAAACCAGUUUAGGCGUUUGCUAUAAACUGAAUUAUUCCAAAAGAAUAAUCUAUAACAGCCCUGUAAAUUCCUUUAAAGUGAUAACUAACAGGACGGUUUGACCAAACUUUUUUUUUUUAAAUAUACUUCAUUUUAUGUGUUCAAUAAUUAAAUGCCUUUGGGUCCUUCAUUUCAUUAUAGACUUGUUCAGUUUUACAAGCUGAUAAUCUUUUAGGUUUUAUAGUUCAUUUGAUGCUCAUUGAACCAUCAGAAAGCCCAGGAGUGAAUGUCAGUUGGCAGGGCAGCAAAAUAACCUGAGAGAGUGCAGCCUGGACCACGGCUGACUCCCAGAGAGUGUGUGCCCAAGAGCCAUGGCGGCCAUGGAUGUACCGGAGGCCAUCUGUGGUUUCUACUUCCUCUUGCUAUAUCCCUUGGCACAGGAGAAUAGUCUUUCCUUGUUGGUUUAGAUACAUCAACCAUCUCACCACCCUUCCAUGAGGUCCCACUCUUUUAAUAUGGGAGAUUAGGGCUUGGGAUUUUCAACUCUUUGCCAGAGGUCCAGUCAAAUGUUUUUCAUUAGAGUUUGCGAGUGUGAAGUUGUCAUAGUAACCUAUGAUUCUUGAAAAAAAAAACAUCAUUUUUUCUUCUUAUACAUUAGAUGGCUUCAGUCACUUUGUGCCUUGGCAGGAUGUGCAGGGUGUGUUCUGAGCUAAACAGCUCCUCUUAAAGGACCAAACAGAGAAGGCAUUUGUAUACUCCUUUUAUGUUGUCAACCCCCCACCUACUAUCAUUAAACAAUGCUAAUUUUUUUUCUGAUGUUGUCCUUUGUCAGUGGCAAGAUGAGUCUGCAACUUACUAACAAGGUGUUGAGUGAACUACUUCUCUCUGGGCCCCACAGCAGGAUGACCAAACAACCAAACCAGAGACAAGCUCAACAGAGGUCUAACCCUGGAUGGAGAGAGGGAUUUAAAUCUAAUUGAUGCCAAGGCAAGACAGUCAUUCCCGUAAUGGUACUGACCACAAUCCGGGCUCUUUUCAGUAUCGAAGUGCCCACUCUACCUCUUUUCCACUGAAGCACAAAGAAUACAACUAACACAUGGGAAACAGAAGCUUCCCUUCCUCUGGUAGAAAAACCCAUGCCCCUGCUUGCCCUUUGAGACCAGAUCUCCAGAAAUGGUGAUGAUGCCUACCUUAUCCCAUCCGCCAUGUUCAUAAAGGUGAGUUAAGCCAAGGAGGAGAAAAACGAUACCAAUUUAAAUGUACGUGACCCCAGAAUUCCGAAGCAUGCCCUCUUAGUCUCUUUCUGCAUCCUCUGAGAAGCACACAGGUAGCCAUUGUUCUUGCCAUUGUGCACCUGGAGAGAUGCCUGCGACCAGAAUUCCUGUCAGAGUUCUCUAAGAUGCCAUUCCACUAAUAGGCAUCUUCUCGAAAACAGUGUCUUUAUGACCUGGCAGAAAAUACUUAAAUUUCUAAAUUCAGAGUAAUUUCAGUACAUUGCUGCUGCUGCUGCUGCUACAUUGCAAUUGUCCAGUAAGCAAUCAGAGAAAAUUGCUAAAAGCUUCUUUACUGCUUCCAUUCCAUCAGCAAAACCAUUUUUUUUUUCUUUUUAAAGACCAGAGCAAAUGAUUAGAUUAUUAAAUCUUAUCAGCGGCCCAUUGAAGUGUUGAAGAGCUAUAUUCUGAGGUUCCCUACCCCACCCAAUCCCACUCCCACAGCAAAAUAGGGAGGUGUUUUUAUACGUGGAAUUCUUUGUUAAAGAGAGGAAAUGUCCUAGUUUUCUAGUCAUCCAGCGUAUUCAAUCUUAACACUAAAAAGGAAAACGUUGCUCAACUUAAUUCAUCUGUAAGUUUCCCUGUGUCAAGAUAAUAUUGUAGCCUCUUAAAAUGCAAUUUGCAAUUAAAUAUAUCUGCUGUCAGAUGAGACGGUUUAAAAUAUUUGCUCAGAAAGGAAAAGAAAUGGUGACCUACUUCUCGCUUUUUUGCAUUCAGAAGACACUGGCGGCAGACUAUGUAAAGAAGCUGCAAUGUUCCUCACUGCAUGAAGGAUUGCAGAGUGUUCCUUCCUCCUUUUUAAUUCCACUUCACUCGGCUGGGGCCCGGCGGCCAGGGGCCAGCCUUCCUCUAGUCAGGCAGGCCUGGAAUCUACAGCACUAUUCCCUCAUUAAAGCCUUUGGUCUCCUCGCUGCAGCUUUUGUUUUUUUAACCACUUGCAAGUAUCUGUUCCCUGAGGCUUUGAGCUCAUCCUUUGAAAAAGUUGAGUCAACUGAGCAACCAGGCAACUGAACAGUGACCAUGCCCAGAGGAAACAGACCCUAGAGAAACUGCCCCUUAAGGACAAGGCAGCCACAAGCAAAAGCUCUUGUGUCUCCCACCCAUGUGAUGUCCUUUUUUUUCAUUCCAGGUCAAUGACUUGGGGCAAAGAGAACCCGCUGCUAAAGCUAGCAAGAAAACUGUGUGAUAGAUAAAUUCUUAAUAGAAAUGCCGUCCACACAUUGUCUCCUUGGAAAGAGGAGAAGACACCUUGCAAUCGGUAUUCCAAAAGCCAACCCCUUCCUUCCAGGCCUCACUCCUCCCCCUUCCUGUCUUCCAUCAUCAAAUUGGGGUUUCUCAGAACUGAACAUAGCCUCCUAAUUCCAUCCUCUUUACAAGGGCUUACAAUCCUGAGGCUGGUUACGGCAAGUUCUUUUCGUUCUGCUCUUCAAACUAGUUUUCCUCUUAGAAAGAUUGUUUGCUUCUCACUGCAGCUUACAGAAGGGUUACAAGCUUGAAUCCUAAAUCAUUUUAUCUUGUAGACGUUUUCCUUUCCUUAUUCCUUUAGAAAUAAGAUUUUCCUCUCUUUUUGGCAUCUACCGUUACAAGAAGACUCUUGUUAGGCUUCAUGCUUGAUUCGUUUUGUUCAUGCACUCACAAAUCAGUUUGCCUUAAAUGUGGAGAUACUAGAAAUCUCAGAUUUUCCAGCUCUAGUGAGUAAAUUUAGAUGUCACGUACACCAGGUAAUGGACAAAAGGGAGAAGGAGAGUUACGCUCAACAGUCAACAUCCCUCUUCCCAUCUGGUCUUUUCGCUGCCACUCUUCUACAGCAGAAGUCGGGCAGACACAGCCCCCAGGAAUAGCAGUAGGCAGAGGGCUGUACCAUCUCUAGGGCAGGCAGUACCCAAGUCUUAGCUCUUCAGGGGUAUGGUACAUCCUGAGUUCCCACCACCUCUCACCUGACACCCCAUCAACUAUCUUGAGCCUGUGCAAAUGGACCGAGCAAAAGAAAAUGGAAAGACAUGUUUGUCAUCACACAGGAGACUUUGUUUCAGACCCCAAGCACAACUCCAUUAUCUGUAUGCUUAGCAACUUGGGGCUUUGUUCCCUUCCCACUCGAGCAUUAGCUCCAGUCUCUCUGGUGUGCGACCGAGGCCACCUGCCAGUGUUUUCACUGAGUCUUAAAUCAUGUAGGCCUGGGGGUGACCAUCUCUGGACCCAGAGGAAGUACAAUCUCUAGAAGGAGUUCUGCUUGGGAGUAGAAAUAGGAAUUCCUCCACAGUGAGUGGCCCCAACUAUUUUUUUUCCUUUUUUAUUUUUUUUAAGAGACAUAGAACUGGGGAAAUUUACUUACAAUCUCAGCUGUCUCCAGAAGGUCAUCCAGGCAGGUGGGCAGUGGGCUGCUGGGUGCCACAGGCAGGAUGACAGAUGCGAAGGCCGCACAAUCCUCAAGUGCUGAGGCCAGAGCAUCGUGUUUAAUUGCUGUGUGUAGGCACGUCACCAUUCAAACUCAGUUCUGGGGCUGCUUUCCAUAAGAUUUUGCCAACGUGUUCUUUUUUCUGUAUGUAUUCUUGCCUUUUUAUAAAAGGUUUUGAAGUAAUGUCUCAGUGAUUAAAAAGAGAGAGAGCUGUGAAUGGUUAUUGUGUAUCUCACCGUAUCCAAUUGUAAGUAUUUGCAGGGUACAGCAGAGCCUUAGAGUGCAAUAGCGUCCAUGCAGGAGAUGUCCUUCAGCAUCCAGGAGAUGAAGGAAUUUGAAAGGUUCGGAUUCUUUGUAAAUGUCCUGGUUUUCUUUUUCUGUGUGUAUCUAUUUACAUGCCUUAGCACACACCCCUCCCUU